UAGACUCUUAUUGGGCCUGUUAAGGCCUGAACCAAUGGAAGCUAAUAAAGACCCAAGAGAGAUAGCUUGAGACACACGAAACAACUCAAAUAUACACGUUCUUGUUUAUCUUGUAUAAAAGUUGUGUACGUAAAUACUACAUAAACCCAUCAUUUUGUACGUAUUGUGUAAAAAAGCUACAGAAAGUGAAAUAAAUCUAGGAUCGAAAUGUAUAUAAUAAAGUCACGGGUUGGUAUUUAUGUCCAUGAAAACGAACUAAGAAGAGGACCCAUAUUUUUUGUAUAACCAGUUUUGCCCUCUCAUUUACUAAAACAAACCGUCAUAACAUCGAUUCAUGUGCAUCUUCUGUGUUGCAUUUAAAUCCCAAUUUGCUUCCACCAAAUAUCUUCCCUCUCUCGUUUUUAAACUUUUCCUUCUCCAAGAACACUUCUCACUUUCUCUCUCUCGCUCUCUCUUGGAAACCAAAACAAUGACGACGACGACUCACCUGAAUCGUCUGAUCUUGAUCUCUCUUUUUUUAGUCUUUUUCCUUCUCAAAACCUCCACCGCUUCUUCAACCGUCGUCGAAGGAAACAGAACAUCAAGAAACUUCCGUUACCGAACUCACCGAUUCGUCCCGAGGGUUAACCACCACCCUUACCACGUGACUCCUCACCGUUCGUGCGAUUCCUUCACUCGUCCGUACGCGCGUUCUAUGUGCAUUGAGCUUCAGAGAAUCCACCGUAGCAGUCGGAAGCUGCCACUUCUUUCUCCUCCUCCUCCAGAGAUUGACCCAAGGUACGGUGUCGACAAAAGACUCGUCCCCUCUGGUCCAAACCCGCUUCACAACUAAAACCCUACCCUCAAGUUUCUAUAUAUACAUAAUAUACAUAUAUACAGAGAGACAUUUGUCACACAUUUUCUAAUUAACACAUUUCUUGGCGUUUCUUGGACUUGUUCUCGAGAGAGAUUUGUGUAUUUUAUAGAGUUAUUUCUUCUUGGUCUUCUUUGCGGAAAUUUCUUAUUUCUACUCUCUUGAUCUUGUAAUUGAAUCCUACGUUAUGGGGAGAUAUGUCCACGCUUGUUUUUGGGCUUUGUAGAGUGUGGAAACAAUCUUGGAAAUAGUGUAUUUUUGCAAGGGCUUUCUUUUUAUU